GGCUCCGCUGCUGCUGCUGCCGCUGGGGACGCCGCCGCAUUCGCCGCGGAACUCUGCGAGUGGAACGGCUGAGGCGGGCCCGGGCGAGGCCGGGGUGCCGGCCGCUCUGCAGGAAUGGAGAUAAUCCGGAGCAAUUUUAAGAGUAAUCUUCACAAAGUGUACCAGGCCAUCGAGGAGGCGGACUUCUUCGCCAUCGAUGGGGAGUUUUCAGGUAUCAGUGAUGGACCCUCAGUAACUGCAUUAACAAAUGGUUUUGACACUCCAGAAGAAAGAUAUCAGAAGCUUAAAAAGCAUUCCAUGGACUUUUUGCUGUUUCAGUUUGGCCUUUGCACUUUUAAGUAUGACCACACAGAUUCAAAGUAUAUAACAAAGUCAUUUAACUUCUAUGUUUUCCCGAAACCCUUCAAUAGAUCCUCGCCAGAUGUCAAAUUUGUUUGUCAGAGCUCCAGCAUCGACUUCCUAGCAAGCCAAGGAUUUGAUUUUAAUAAAGUUUUCUGCAAUGGAAUUCCGUAUUUAAAUCAGGAAGAAGAAAGACAGUUAAGAGAGCAGUAUGAUGAAAAACGUUCACAGACCAAUGGUGCAGGAACUCUAGCAUACGUGUCUCCAAACACUUCAAAGCAUCCUGUGACGAUUCCUGAGGAUCAGAAGAAGUUUAUUGACCAAGUGGUAGAGAAGAUAGAAGAUUUACUACAAAGUGGAGAGAACAAGAACUUAGAUUUAGAGCCAUGUACUGGGUUCCAAAGAAAAUUAAUUUAUCAGACCUUGAGCAGAAAAUAUCCCAAAGGCAUUCAUGUUGAGACUUUAGAAACUGAAAAGAAGGAGCGAUACAUAGUAAUCAGCAAAGUAGAUGAAGAAGAACGCAAAAGACGAGAGGAGCAGAGACUCGCUAAAGAACAGGAAGAACUGAAUGAUGCUGUGGGUUUUUCUAGAGUCAUUCAUGCUAUUGCAAAUUCGGGAAAGCUUGUUAUUGGGCACAACAUGCUCUUGGAUGUGAUGCACACGGUCCAUCAGUUCUAUUGCCCUCUGCCUGCGGACUUAAAUGAGUUUAAGGAGAUGACAUCGUGUGUUUUUCCCAGACUCUUGGAUACAAAAUUGAUGGCCAGCACACAACCUUUUAAGGAUAUCAUUAACAACACAUCCCUUGCGGAAUUGGAAAAACGCUUAAAAGAGACACCUUUCAGCCCUCCUAAAGUUGAAAGUGCAGAAGGUUUUCCCAGUUAUGACACAGCUUCUGAACAGCUUCACGAGGCAGGCUAUGAUGCUUAUAUCACAGGACUGUGCUUCAUCUCCAUGGCAAAUUACCUAGGUUCUUUUCUCAGUCCUCCAAAAAUUCAUGUGUCUGCCAGAUCAAAACUCAUUGAACCUUUUUUUAACAAGUUAUUUCUUAUGAGGGUCAUGGAUAUUCCUUAUCUAAACUUGGAAGGACCGGACUUGCAGCCUAAACGUGAUCAUGUUCUCCACGUGACAUUCCCCAAAGAAUGGAAAACCAGCGACCUUUACCAGCUCUUCAGUGCCUUCGGUAACAUCCAGAUAUCCUGGAUUGAUGACACAUCAGCAUUUGUUUCCCUCAGCCAGCCUGAGCAAGUACAAAUUGGCAGAGACAGACAGAGCAGACAGAAAGAGUUCUUCCAUCUGCUGGUUCACUCCCCAAAUGCCCACAAAACAGCCACAGCUGGGCCAGGCAGAAGCAAGGAGCUGGGAAGACAAUCCAGGUCUCCCACAUGAGUGACGGAGACCCAACUGCCUGAUCAUCACCACCUGCUGCUCCCAGGGUGUGCAUUAGAAUUGAGAACGAGCUGGGACUUGGACCUAGGUGCUUCAGUAUGGGAUGUGGGUGUCCCAAGUGGCAUCUUAAACACUGCAGCAAAUGCCUGCUCCCAAAGACUAGAAUUUUAGAGGUAAAACUGUAAACAGCAAAUUUACUAAAUAAAAUACUGGAAAAAUUCCUUCUCAAAGAAAAGGUGUCUAAGUGUUUGCUGGCCUUGAGUUGAUCCUUUUGAGCAUAAGAUUAACAGUAAUAUAUGUGAAGGGAUUGUUCCUCAUAACCUUCCUCUGUAACUUUCAAAAACUUUGCUGUGCCAGCGUCAGUCUUUGAAGCGUUUGCUUUAAAUAAGGUCCUCCUAGUUACCACAGAAUAGUACAUCGCCAUGGAAAUACGAGCCUGUGUUCCCACACACUCCAUUUUCAGGUCAUCUGAUCAGAUAACUAUGAUAGCAAAAAAAUUUUCACUAUGUUCUGAGUCUAGGAACACUGGGUUAAUUUGUUGUUGUUGUUUGCCUGUUAUUUAUUUAUUAAAAAAUAAACACAUGCUUGUUGCAGAAAAUUUGGAAAGCACACACAGAGUAAACACUGCCACCCAGAAAUAAUUAUGUUAGCAUUUCGAUCUAUGUUUUCUUCCAGUAUCUUGCCUUAUUAUUUUAUGUGCUAUAAAUAGAACUUAAGAGUUCUGUUGUUUCUAAUUAAAAGAAAUUUUCUCAAGUUGUUUAAACAUUUUUUUAUUGACAGCCAUAAUUUACUCAACAGUAUGCUUUUUGUAGGAUUUUUACAUUGUUUUUAUUGUAAUAAGUAAUAUUCUCAAACCUCUGCACACAAGGAUUUUGUGUGAAAGAAAGAGCUCCAAUUGGAAAACUGCAGGUUUCUGGAAUUUCAGUUGGUGCCUAUUCACAGUGUGAAUGCAGUGAGAAUUAGUUUUUUGUUUUUUUUUUUUUUAAGUUAAAAACCACAGUUCCUCAUAUUUUAUCAGAUCACCUUCUAAAAAGAUAGAAUCAGUUAUAAUAUGGGCAACACUAAGUGUUUAUCUUUUCGAAACUGUUCUUAUCAGCACUCAAGAUUACUACUGAGAAAAUACUUUUUUUUGCAGUUGGACUUCAUGUAUUUUCUUAUCGAUGAAUAGACAACAUUCUGCUACAUUUGCUUUAUUUCACCCUCUGUCUACACCCCCGCACACACAUCUCCAUAUUCCUAUGCACAAAUCUAUAAUGUAUGUUUAUGUAACCAUGUAUAGCUGUAUUUUUCUUUUGCAAAGCCAUUUGAGAAUCAGUUGCAGACAUAAUAGUUCAGUUAUAUACUUCAGUACAUUUCUCUUAGGAACAAAGGAAUUUUUCUUAUAUAAUCCUAAUUUUUUUAUCACACUCAGGAAAUUUAAUAUUGAUGUUAUUUUGUUAUGAUCUAAUGUUCAAACUGUAAUAAAAUUUCCCAAACAUUCCAGUACUAUCCCUUACAAUGUUCUUUUUACCCUAACACCCAAUCACAGUUGUGUAUUGCAUUUAGUCAUCAUAGGUCUUUAGUCUCCUUUAACUAGAAAAGUUCCCCUGCUGGUUUUUGUUUUUCAUAAGAUGGACAUUUUUUUGGAAGAGCUGAGACCAGUUGUUCUGUGAUAUCGUUCAAUUUGGGUUUGUCUGGAUCGUCUCAUGGUAAGGUUCAGGUUAAACAACUCUGACAGCAGUACUACAUGGGUGACGCGCUCUUUUCAGCACCUUGUACCAAGAGGCAUGUGCUGUCCGUUUGUUCCAUUGUUGCUCAUGUGUUGUUUGAUCGUUAAUCAAGUGAUGGCCUCAGAUUUCUCCACUGUGGCUUUACUCCUUUGUGAUGAAUAUGCACUAUACGGGUGAUACUGUGUUCCUCAGUGAUGUUCAACAACAGCAUUGGCAUCCAUCGAUGUUUUUUUUACAAAAUGGAUUGCUUGUGAAUUUGCAUGGCCUCCCUGGCAAGGAGGCCCUUCGUUUCAAUUCAUGUGUUGUCAAAGUGGACAUUAAAAUUAUUUCCAAAA